UUGCGAAGGGGGAGAAUAACGUCGGGUCGGGUCAGCGGGCGCUGCAGUAGUCGCCGCAGCGGCGAUGGGAGCGGUGGGGACGCGGCGGCGGCGGCGGCGGCAGGAGGAGGAGCAGGGGCUGGCACGAGAGCAGCGGCUGGGGGUGGCCUGCAGCGGCACUAACAGCGGCAGCAGCAGCCGCCGCCGCCGCCGGCAGUAGACGCGAACGGUGCCCGAGGGAACCGGCGAGCCCGCGGGCCCUGAAAGCCGUGCUCGGGUCCCGCCGCACUGGGCGGCGGGGGAUGGGCAGGCGGCGGCGGCCGUUCCUGCCGAGGGUUGACGUCUGCCGGUCCCGGCCCUGAGCUGGACCCUAGCCCUCUGCCCGAAAUCUCUGCGUCGGCCCGGCCCAGCAUGAAAUCUUUCUGGGCCCAAUAAAUGUAUCCAGAAAUUAAAAUAACUGCUAAAGUGGAGAGGAACUUUACAAGACAUUAUGGUUACAGUAACUGACAACAAAAUAAAAGUGUUCAAUGGAAACCACCCUUGGGAUCUGGAUGCCUGUGUAGCCAUUCUGCCACACCUGUGAAUUGCAAUGAGUGGAGGAGGAGAACAGCCGGAUAUCCUCAGUGUUGGAAUCCUGGUCAAAGAAAGAUGGAAAGUGUUGAGGAAGAUUGGAGGUGGGGGCUUUGGAGAAAUAUACGAUGCCUUGGACAUGCUUACCAGGGAAAAUGUUGCACUGAAAGUGGAAUCCGCUCAACAGCCAAAGCAAGUUCUAAAAAUGGAGGUUGCUGUAUUAAAAAAACUACAAGGGAAAGACCAUGUUUGUAGAUUUAUUGGCUGUGGGAGGAACGAUCGAUUCAACUAUGUGGUCAUGCAGUUGCAGGGUCGAAAUCUGGCAGAUCUUCGCCGUAGCCAAUCUCGGGGCACAUUCACCAUUAGCACUACUCUUCGAUUGGGUAAACAAAUUUUGGAGUCUAUUGAGAGCAUCCAUUCUGUGGGAUUCUUACACAGAGACAUCAAACCGUCAAACUUUGCCAUGGGUCGCUUUCCUAGUACAUGUAGGAAAUGUUACAUGCUUGAUUUUGGCUUGGCACGACAGUUUACCAAUUCCUGUGGUGACGUCAGACCACCUCGAGCUGUGGCAGGCUUUCGUGGAACAGUUCGUUAUGCAUCAGUCAAUGCCCAUCGGAACAGGGAAAUGGGAAGACAUGAUGACCUUUGGUCCCUAUUUUACAUGUUGGUGGAAUUUGUGGUUGGUCAGCUGCCAUGGCGAAAAAUUAAGGACAAGGAGCAAGUAGGCUCUAUUAAGGAGAGGUAUGACCAUAGGCUAAUGUUGAAACAUCUCCCUCCGGAAUUCAGCACCUUUCUGGACCACAUCUCCUCCCUGGAUUAUUUUACAAAACCAGACUAUCAGCUUCUUACAUCAGUGUUUGACAACAGUAUCAAGACCUAUGGAGUAAUUGAGAGUGACCCUUUCGACUGGGAGAAAACUGGGACUGAUGGCUCCCUGACAACCACCACCACCUCUACCACCCCUCAGUUACACACCCGCUUGACCCCGGCAGCAAUUGGAAUUGCUAAUGCUACUCCCAUCCCAGGAGACUUGCUUCGAGAAAAUACAGAUGAGGUAUUUCCAGAUGAGCAGCUUAGCGAUGGGGAAAAUGGCAUCCCUGUUGGUGUGUCACCUGAUAAACUGCCUGGAUCUCUGGGUCACCCUCGUCCUCAGGAGAAGGAUGUCUGGGAAGAGAUGGAUGCCAACAGGAAUAAGAUAAAGCUUGGGAUUUGCAAAGCUGCUACCGAAGAGGAGAACAGUCAUGGCCAAGCAAAUGGUGUUAUGAAUGCUCCAAGCCUUGGUUCACCAAUUCGUGUUCGCUCAGAGAUUACUCAACCAGACAGAGAUGUUCCAUUGGUGCGAAAGUUACGCUCCAUUCACAGCUUUGAACUGGAAAAACGUUUGACCCUAGAGCCAAAGCCAGACACUGACAAGUUUCUUGAGACCUGCCUGGAGAAAAUGCAGAAAGAAUCCAGUGCAGGAAAGGAAUCUCUUCUCCCUUCACUGCUUCAUAAGCCGUGUGUUCCUGCUGUCUCCCGUGCUGACCACGUCUGGCACUAUGAUGAAGAAUAUCUUCCAGAUGCUUCCAAGCCUGCUUCUGCAAAUACCCCUGAGCAGGCAGAUGGUGGUGGCAGCAAUGGAUUUGUAGCUGUUAACCUGAGCUCCUGCAAACAGGAGGUUGAUUCCAAAGAGUGGGUGCUUGUGGACAAAGAGCAGGACCUUCGGGAUUUUAGGACAAAUGAGGCUUUAGGCCAUAAAACAAAUGGAAGCCCUUCUGAUGAGGAGCCCGAAGUGCUUCAUGUCCUGGAGGAAUCACCACAAGAUGAAAAGUUCCGAUUGAGUCCUUGGGCAGAGAAUGAUCAUUUAAAGAAACAAACUUCAGGUGUGGUCUUAACACUUUCUGGGGAGUGCCCUGCCAUUGCUGCUUCAGAACAGUAUACAGAUAGGUUAGAACUCCAGGCUGGAACUACAAGUCAAUUUAUUGCAGCAACACCCACGAGUCCAAUGGAGGCCCAAGCAGAAGGACCCCUAACAGCGAUUACAAUUCCUAGACCUUCUGCAGCAUCUACACAGUCAACUUCUGGAAGCUUCCACUAUGGUCAGCUGCUGCCAGAGAAGAAAGAUCUUCAGCCCAUGGAGCCAACUGUUGAACUUUACUCUCCAAGGGAGAACUUUUCUGGCAUGGUGGGGACGGAGGGUGAGCCUCCUAGCGCAGGAAGCAGAACAGACUUGGGAGUUCAGAUAGAUCAUAUUGGUCAUGAUGUGUUACCCAAUAUUAGAGAGAGUGACAAAUGCCAAGACCCCAGAUCAAAAGACCUUCUUGACCAUAACAAACUGGCUAUGAAGGAAUUUGAGAAUCUCCCUAGGGAGACUGAAGAGAAAAGCAUUCUCCUAGGGUCAGAGAAUGAAGAUGAGAAAUUAAGUAAAGGGCAACAAUGUAUUGAAAUUUCCUCCCUCCCAGGAGAUUUGGUAACUCUGGAAAGGGAUCGCUCAGCUACUAGUGAACCUCUUGAUGCGACAAAAACACAAACUUUUAGUGUGGUGCCAAAUCAAGAUAAAAAUCAUGAGAUAAUGAAACUUCUGGCAGUUGAAACUUCAGAAGUUUCUCCACGACUCACUGACUCACAUGGUGAAGGCCAGGUUGCAGCAAUACAAAAAAGCAAAAUUUCUAAGGAUGAAGAGAGCAAGAGUGAAGACUUGCCAGGUUAUCAAGGAGAUCUAUCUACUUUUUUGCACCAAGAGGGUAAGAAAGAGAAAGUUGCUCCUACAAAUGGAGAAUUAUUUCAUUGUGUUUCUGAGAGUGAACAUUGUUCCCCAUCCAGAAAAGAUAUGGUUAGGUCAUCCCUUGCAACUAGACACAGCCGAAUUCCUGUUUUAGCACAAGAGAUAGACUCAACUUUUGAAUCAUCCUCUCCAGGCUCUGCAAAAGAAAAGCUUCUCCAAAAGAAAGCCUAUCAGCCAGAUCUAGUCAAGCUACUGGUGGAAAAAAGGCAACUCAAGUCUUUUCUUGGGGAUUUCUCAAGUGCCUCUGAUAAAUUGCUAGAGGAGAGACUAGCCACUGUUCCUGCUUCCUUUUCUGAGGAAGAAGUCCUCACUCCCUUUUCAAGACUGGCUGUAGACUCACACCUGAGCAGGUCAGCUGAAGAAAACUUUCUGUCACCCAUCAUCUCCCAGUCCAGAAAGAGCAAAAUCCCAAGGCCAGUUUCAUGGGUUAACACAGAGCAAGUUAAUAGCUCAACUUCAUCUCAGUUCUUGCCUCGACCACCACCAGGGAAGCCACCCACCAGGCCUGGAGUAGAAGCCAGACUCCGCAGAUAUAAAGUCCUAGGAAGUAGCAAUUCUGACUCAGAUCUUUUUUCACGCCUGGCCCAAAUUCUUCAAAAUGGCUCUCAGAAACCUCAGUGCAAAAGUCCAGGAUCCCCUCACAAUCCAAAAACACCACCCAAGAGUCCAGUUGUCCCUCGCAGGAGUCCCAGUGCCUCUCCUCGAAGCUCUUCUUUGCCUCGUACAUCUAGUUCCUCGCCAUCCAGGGCUGGACGGCCCCACCAUGACCAGAGGAGUUCAUCCCCACAUCUGGGGAGAAGCAAGUCACCCCCCAGCCACUCAGGAUCUUCCUCUUCUAGGAGGUCCUGCCAACAGGAGCAUUGCAAACCCAACAAGAAUGGUCUGAAGGGAACUGGCAGCCUCCACCACCAUUCAGCCAGCACUAAAGCCCCCCCAGGGAAGAGUAAGUCAGCCAGUAAACUCAGCAGAUAGGGGCUGGGCUGCAUCUUUGUGAAAAGUGUGAGAUCUUCCUCCUAAACCCGAUGCAUGUGUGUCCCUGUACUGUCUAUUUAAAAAAUCAGUGUUGAUCUUCUCUUGCAAAAGAAGGUAACAUGAUAAAUUAUUCAUAAAAAGACAUAAAUAUAUGAUAAGGAAUUUCUUAAGGCAGACAGCAAGCAGAAAACAGAAUCAAUGCCUUUGCAUAGGAAGGAGCAACCUAACAAAAUCCAAGGAGGGAAACUCAUUAAAUGAACUUUCAUUUUCAGCUGCCUUUUAAACAGGAGGUGAAGGUAGGAGGUAGAAUGGAAGUUUAAAGGGUUUUGCCACUUUUUAAAGGGUCUACUCAAAGUUGUUAUAGCACAAGUAAAACUUGUUUUAAUAUUUUCUUUCAGAACUUCCCAACCUUAGAGAGUAAGUUAAGUAUUAUUUUUAUAUUAGAGUAUGUAAGAAGUCUAUUCUUGAAGAGCCAGUUAUCAUACAGAUUUGACUUCUGUUGUGUAUCUGGCAUAUCAAGAAUUCACACCUUUACUUAGUCUCAUUCUUAGUAAAAUCCCUGGAUUUCACAUUUAUCAUUUAGUAUUUUUCACCUGACCUGGCUUCUUUUUAACAGUACACUCUAAUGUGUUUUCAGCAGCAUAUGCUGAGAAUUGUUUUAGUCCCCUAAUAUUUCCUUUGGAGCAAAGUACUUUAAUGUAUUAUUUUGUGAAAAGUAACUGAUGAAAUUUAAGAAAAGGAAGCUUAGGUAAAUCUCAAUAGAGCUACUUUGCAGCCUUUAGUGCUAAAUUUAGGGAGAGAGGAUAGUGUAUGGUAAUCCCUUCCAGAGAGAAGAAUCUUCUCCCCCCAAGUUUCCUCCUUGUGGAAAGAAAAACCGACCAGAUUAGACCUCUGCUUCCUCAAUCUUUUAGGUAUCAACUAUUUGUAAUAUCAGCCUCCAAGAUAAUACCAGGGAAGUACAAUGCUAUGGAAUGUGACUUUGCUUUUAGAGAUUUAGGGAAAGAAAUUAGGAAUGUUGUUGAGGUUUAUAACCCUCAAACUUUAUAUUUUAUACAUUUAGCCAAUAAGGAAUGAGUAUCUGGGAAAAUAAAUUUAGACCCAAUAUUUAUCUUUAAAUGUUUUGUUAGCUGCUUUUCCUGUGCUUUGAUUUGAUAUUUUGGCUUCUUGACCUGAUUUCCAAGUAAUCUCAAUUUAGAAAGCUUGAGAAGGAUCAUACUUGU